GAAGAAGGAGGAAAGAUAGAUCGCAGCAGGAGGAAAGGGAGCGACGGGAAGCGAUCUGCCCACUCCGGCCCGGUCGCCGGCGCGCAGCAUGGCGGGCCUCCCCGGUGCGGUUCCGAGGAUGAUGCGGCCGGCUCCGGGGCAGAACUACCCGCGCACCGGCUUUCCCCUGGAAGUGUCCACCCCACUUGGACAAGGCCGGGUCAAUCAGCUUGGCGGGGUCUUCAUCAACGGGCGACCUCUGCCUAAUCACAUCCGCCAUAAGAUCGUAGAGAUGGCCCACCAUGGCAUCCGGCCCUGCGUCAUCUCCCGCCAGCUGCGUGUCUCCCACGGCUGCGUCUCCAAGAUUCUCUGCCGCUACCAGGAGACUGGGUCCAUCAGGCCUGGAGCCAUUGGAGGCAGCAAGCCCAGACAGGUGGCGACUCCGGAUGUGGAGAAAAAGAUCGAGGAGUACAAGAGGGAAAAUCCAGGCAUGUUCAGCUGGGAGAUCCGGGACCGGCUGCUGAAGGAUGGCCAUUGCGACCGUAGCACGGUGCCCUCAGGUUUAGUGAGUUCGAUUAGCCGAGUGCUCAGAAUCAAGUUCGGGAAGAAAGAGGAUGACGACGAGGUGGAUAAGAAGGAGGAGGACGGGGAGAAGAAGGCCAAGCACAGCAUCGACGGCAUUCUGGGCGACAAAGGGAACCGGCUGGACGAGGGCUCAGAUGUGGAGUCGGAACCUGACCUCCCACUGAAGCGAAAGCAGCGCCGCAGUCGGACCACAUUCACAGCCGAGCAGCUGGAGGAGCUGGAGAAGGCGUUCGAGAGGACCCACUACCCGGACAUCUACACCCGCGAGGAGCUGGCACAGAGGACCAAGCUGACCGAGGCGCGCGUCCAGGUCUGGUUCAGUAACCGCCGCGCCCGUUGGCGCAAGCAGGCAGGAGCCAACCAGCUGGCAGCGUUCAACCACCUUCUGCCAGGAGGCUUUCCGCCCACGGGCAUGCCCACGCUGCCCCCCUACCAGCUGCCGGACUCCACCUACCCCACCACCACCAUCUCCCAAGAUGGGGGAAGUACCGUGCACCGGCCCCAGCCCCUCCCGCCAUCCACCAUGCAUCAGGGUGGCUUGGCUGCCGCCGCCGCCGCUGCAGACACCAGCUCUGCCUACGGAGCCCGUCACAGCUUCUCCAGUUACUCUGACAGCUUCAUGAAUCCGGGGGCCCCCUCCAACCACAUGAACCCUGUCAGCAAUGGCCUGUCUCCUCAGGUUAUGAGCAUCUUGAGCAACCCCAGCGCGGUGCCGCCACAGCCGCAGGCUGACUUCUCCAUCUCCCCUCUGCAUGGCGGCCUGGACUCCGCCUCCUCGAUCUCGGCCAGCUGCCAGCGGGCCGACUCCAUCAAGUCGGGAGACAGCCUGCCUACAUCCCAGUCCUACUGCCCGCCCACCUACAGCACCACCGGCUACAGCGUGGACCCCGUGGCUGGCUACCAGUACGGCCAGUACGGCCAGACUGCUGUUGAUUACCUGGCCAAAAACGUGAGCCUCUCCACACAGCGUCGCAUGAAGCUCGGGGAGCACUCCACUGUGCUGGGACUCCUGCCUGUGGAAACUGGCCAGGCUUACUAGGGUCCCUGGGGCGACUUGCCCCAGCCCCAGCCCAAGCCCCAGCCCAACCCUUCCUGACCUGUGAGCCUCCCCACCUCAGCCUGCUCAUCCCCGGGAUCCCAGGAGGCCAGGAAAGAAACCCAUCCCUUCUCAGUGGCAGCCCUCUGGAGAUGGCACAGCCAGUCUGCCAUCGACCUGUGGUUAGGGACUCUGCGUGGCCCCUGUGGCUUCUGCCCCCUUCCUUCCCAGGUAGUUCUCAGUCAGUUCACAGCGCUUCCCACGCAAACCUACCAGGGAGGCCAUGCCAUCUCAGGAGGCAAAGUCACCCCCUGAGUAGGGCACCUCACACCCAGAGAAGAUAGUGGCUGAGACAAGGUCCCAGAGCCCUGUGGCCCUGGGUCCUGGGUGUGUGCUGGCUGGAAGAGUGGUGAAGCUCAGGGUAGCUCUCUGCUGGAGUGCUGGGAGCCCUCUGCAAGGUGAGCCUUGGCUGAGCCCUAGAGCCACAGCCUCUUGCCCUGCGGGAUGCUGGGACUCUAGAGAAGAGACCUAAGGUUUUCCCAGGGGGUGGGCAGGUUAGCAGUCACAACUCCACCUGGGAAUUUGGGGGACUCCACAACCUUCCCCAUACAUCCUUGUUGGGAAGUGGUUGGGCCAUGUGGGGGUCAGGCCGUGUGGGGGUGGGGCCUGUGGGCGGGGUGCUGGUGCAGGGUACCAGGACUCUGCUCAGGCUUCUCAGAGGAAGCCCAAUUCCAGACUUGCCCACCACAUGCAGAGACUUGGGAGCCCAGACACCAUUGUGUCUCUUUAGCUGGGAAAGAUGAGUAGGAAGGGGCAAUCUUGGGGUUGCAGGAGGAAGAGGUGUGCUCAGAGGGGCUUUUAUGUGCUUGUGGGUGGCCAGCCCUUGAGACCAAAGGUUCAGCUCUCGACCUUCCAGUUCUCAGCCCUGGAAUUAACAUUCUGCACACAGCCUCCAACAGACACCA